CGAGGUAACAGCAAGCUGUGAUCGCGCCACUGCGACUGCGUUCCAGCCUGCCUGACAGAGGAGACCCUGUCUCGAAAAGCAAAAACACCCAGAAGGCAGAGCACCUGCUGGUCCCGGCAGCGGCAUGGCAGCGCCAUUAGCGAUGAUCCUGCCUCUGACCCUGAAGCCAUGGAGGAAAUAAGGUAGCCCCUUCGGUGGGAUAGGGAAGCCCACUUCAAUGGAUGCAAAACACAAGGAUGACCUAUUUCGGAAGUACGUGCAGUUCCACGAGGGCAGAGUGGACCCCGCCCCCAGCCAGCAGCGGCCCAGCAGCGAUGAAUGCCUGCGGGCGGCCGCCACCACCCUCCUCGGCCUGCACAGGGUGGACCCCUUUUAUCGAUUCCGGCUAAUCCAGUUCUAUGAGGUGGUGGAGAGCUCCCUGCGCGCACGGAGCUCCUCUAGCCUGCGCGCCCUGCACUGUGCCUUUGGCGUGCUAGAGACGGUGGGCAUCAACCUCUUUCUGUACCCCUGGAAGAAGGAGUUCAGGAGUAUCAAGACCUACACGGGCCCCUUUGUGUACUUUGUCAAGUCGACCUUGCUGGAGGAGGACAUCCGUGCCAUCCUGAACCACAUGGGCUACGUACCUGAGCUGGGGACUGCCUACAAGCUCAAGGAGCUAGUGGAGACACUGCAGGUGAAGAUGGUCUCCUUUGAGCUCUUUCUGGCCAAGGUCGAGUGUGAGCAGAUGCUGGAGAUUCACGCGCAGGUGAAGGACAAAGGCUAUUCAGAGCUGGACGUCGUUAGCGAGCGCCGGAGCAGCUCGGAGGAUGUGCGCGGCUGCUCAGACGCCCUGCGGCGGCGGGCUGAGGGCCGUGAGCACCUGACAGCCUCCAUGGCCCGGGUGGCGCUCCAGAAGUCGGCCAGCGAGCGGGCGGCCAAGGACUACUACAAGCCCCGCGUGACCAAGCCCUCGAGGUCGGUGGAUGCCUACGACAGCUACUGGGAGAGCCGGAAGCCACCCCUGAAGGCCUCUUUGAGCCUCCGGAAGGAGUCUGUGGUGGCUGACCCGGGGGACAGCCUCAAGGACGAGAUCAUCCGCCCAUCCCCCUCACUCCUGGCCAUGUCGAGCUCCCCCUACGGCAGCCCGGACGACCUCCCCCCCGCCUCCCCUCACAAUGGCCUCGGCCUGCUGCGCAGCACCUAUUUCUCCACCCAGGACGACGUGGACCUGUACACAGACUCGGAGCCGAGGGCCACCCACCGGCGGCAGGAUGCUCUACGGCCAGACGUGUGGCUGGUCAGAAACGACGCCCACCCCCUCUCCCACAAGCGCACACCCCCUGCCAAAGAGUUUGCCCUGCCCAAGUGCCAAAGCUGCGGCCUGUCCUGCAGCUCUCCUCUCUGCCAGCGCUGCGACAGCCUGCUGGCCUGUCCUCCGGCCUCCAAGCCCGGCGCCUUCCCCGGCAAGGCUUCUGCCCACGACAGCCUGGCCCAUGGGGCGCCCCUGCGGGAGAAGCACUCGGGCCAGGCCCAGGGUCUUGAGCGGCUGCCGCACCUCCACUCUAAACCCAAGUCCUCCGCCACGGCCACCUCCCGCUGUGGCUUCUGCAAUCGCCCGGGCGCCACCAACACCUGCACCCAGUGUUCAAAAGUCUCCUGCGACGCCUGUCUCAGCGCCUACCAUUACGACCCCUGCUACAAAAAGAGUGAGCUGCACAAGUUCAUGCCCAACAACCAGCUGAACUACAAGGCCACCCUGUUCUCCCACCUUGUGUACAGAUAGACUUACCUUGCACCUUCCCGCUCCAAGGGCUACACCACUGACCUCCGGUUUUAUGGUGAAGAAGCAUAUCGUGCCGCUCUCAGCAGCAGAGGCCUGCAUUUGACCAUGUAGGUGGCAGGGAUCGCGGGUUGGCUGCGUCCACGUGGGCAUCUACUUGCGACUCUGAUGUUUCAGUGAUGGCUGCUUUGUCGUCCGAGAGGGAGAGGGUGGCACUUCCGUUCUGAUUCAUUUUUGUUAAUCACUCUCUCCUUUGUUGUUUGGGUUUUUUUUUCCUUCAAAGAGGACUUCCAUCUGGGACUCUUGCCAUGCCUACCCCUCCCACUGCAAAGCCAACUUGGGCUGGGAAGGGCCCUUCCGGUCACCAGACGGCCCCUGGAGCGGCGGGCUAGAGGCCUGUUGGCUUGUGAAAUGAGCCCUCCGGCCACACGGGGCCUCUCCCAGCGGUUCAUCCUUGGCCGCCCCUGUCAGACACCAGGAUCCCAGUGGGCUCCCUGUCCCUGCUCUCCCACCUCGCUGGGUGUCAGUGGUGAACAGAGUCCAGUAUCAAGCAGAUGUCAUCUUGUGGCCACCACAGCUUGGCCAGCCACGGCGCGUGUGAACGGCGCCUGGUGGGCGAGUGGCCUUCUGCAGCAGGACUGGUUCCUCCUUUCUGUUGUUUGCACAUGCCCCCUUACUGUACUGUACAUAGAUAUUUUUGAGAUUUAUUUUUAAAUAAAUAUUCAACUUGCUGUGUGUUUCAAAGUGGUUAUAACAAAUUGAUGUAGCUAUUUAUAGGAACGCCCAGGUUCUCUAGUCUUCCAUGGGAGGCCUCACGCCCUCACGCUGUCUCCUCUGCUCCUCGCGGCUGAGGGGGAGUGGAGCGUCGGGGCAGGAGGGCAAAAGCAAGUCCGCAGUCCCUCUUCCUUGAGUUGGUGGAGAGCCACCGUCUCCCUACAAUACGUAUCUCUACACCUACCUCCAGUGUACUUCGGGGCCAGUGUGGGCUGAGGCCUGUGCCUGCAGACCGUGCUGACCUAGGGAUGACGCGAGGACCUCACCUGCCACCUCUGCAGCCCUGGCCUUGGGCAUUGCUGAGCGGGAACCUUGCGCUCUGAACUUCCUCGAGUCUUGAUUCAGAAGGAGAGUCACGUGGGCUCUCUCCCCUCCCUCUCGGUCCUCUCCACCGUCUCCAGGACUCGUCUGCAGCAUUUGCGACCUUUUUGCACUAAAGGUGGGCAGGAGUCGGAUGUCUGGGAGCCUCCCUGAGGAGCUUGAGCACUUCCAGACUGAAGGCCCCUGAGCUCUGAGUCACCGGCCCUGGGAUGUUUCUGUUGGGGGCACAGAGCAAGAGUGGGUCCAGAGCUUGAAGACCAAGCCGCUUUCUCAAGAAAAAUCCUGUAUCCUAGCCAUAAGUGUUUGUGAAGUGCACGAUGUCAAGACUACACGGGGUUUCCUCGGAGAAAGGUAUUCAGCUGGUGGGCAGGAUUAAAACUGGCUGGACCCCGAGACCACUGAAUUUGCUGAUGUUCUUCCAACUCAAUUGAGUGAUUUUAAGGUUUUCCAAAUCUUAUAUGGCUCUUUAUACAUAUAUAUAAAUAAAUAUAUAUAUAUACACGCGCGCGCGCACACACACACACACACACCUGGUAGACCACAUGCAGAUAGACAAGUGUAUACUAAGCUGAAUUCAGCCCUCUCUGUCAUUGAGACCUGCCGAUCCAGGCCCUCAUCUUCGAUGUUACUCCUCUUCACCCACCCCUGAGAGCCUAGUUUUCUAGGCCUCCGCUUUCAGAUGGCUCCAUUUCCAGCAUUACAGUAACUCCCUCUUAACCAACCGUGAUGCCACGUAGCCUACCCGGUGGGCAAAAGCAGGAACAACCAACUCAUCCUAGGAGGAAAAUGUCCAGCGUCUCCCUCAUCACGGAAAUACUGUUCACGGACUAGACUUAAAAUAUGAUGGCCAUGCUCUUUGGUGUGUAACUUACUGUAUGAGGUUGCUGUGAUUGAGAUGGUUAAAUAUAUGCUAAUUUAAAAUGCGGAUGUUUUGCACUUGGUUUCUACCGAGAGUUGAAAUGUUGAGAGAUUAUUUAAAAAAUAAUAAAGCGUCUUCCAUUGUUAAAUGAA